CUCCUUGUCUUGCAACUCCACACUUGCUUGCCGAGCAAUUCUUCCCGCGCUCAGUGCCGUCAUAGCUCGCUUUGUCCUCGAGCGCCGCGCACUGCGCCUUGACAUUCUGCGACAAAGCGACCUGGGCGAUUGGAAUUGAGACAAGGAGGACCCGAGUUGGCAAACAGACAAAGGGAAAAAAAAAAAAAAGGCACAACAAUGGCUCCGGCACCGCCGCCGCUGCCGACGCGCUUUCCGUGCUGGGUGCGGGCGGUGUACUCGUGGGGAGGAGAGUCCAAACGGGACCUGGGAUUCAUCGAAGGCGACCUCAUCGAAUGUCUCAACGCAGGCGAUGGCUCGUGGUGGACCGGCAGGCUGUUCCGCGACCGGAGAGCAAUCGGCUUGUUUCCCUCCAACUUCGUCGAGGUGUUGCCCGACAACUUCCGUCCCACGACCAGGUCGGUCAGCCCCCUUCCGAGCAGCAACACGCCCAGCCCGAAGGGCACCCCGCAGAAGUCCAGAACCUUCCGCAAGCCGUUUGAGGCCUACGCCAAGGCGCCGCACUACACGACAGCCAAGACCCCGGAGACAUGGAAGGAGGGUGCGCUUCAGCCGCGCGAGACAGCCGGCGGGCCAUCGAGGGAAGGCGGAAUCCGGUCUCGCGAGCCUUCGGAGAACUCCAUCAAUACCACAAAGGUCCCUCCCAGCACCACUCUAGGGCGGGAUCCUUCUUCUGCAAGAGCUUCGACCUUCGUUUCAAGAGAUCAUUCACCCGGCCGAGCUCCAAGUUUCGUCGGGCGAGCACCCUCUCCCGCGGCACAGCAUUACAUCAGCCGCGACCCCUCUCCUGCCCCAGCGCCUAGUCAUAUCGGCCCGGAUCUGUCCCCUUCGCGAGCCCCUAGUUUCGGCUCCAGGGCUCCGUCACCCGCGCCGUCAUACAUCCCAUACCGGCCGCCGCAGUCCCGGCCACAUGCGUACCAUCUGAGUCUGGACAGGACGGACUCAUACGGACCAGCCUCACACCGGGAGGACUCCCCUCCUCCUCCUCCUCCGCCGCCGCAUCGCUCCAAGCUGCCUAGACACGGAGCUCACGCGUCGUACGACGAGGGCUAUUACGGAGGUUUGUCGAGAGAACCGUCCGCGAUAUCCAGAGAGCACUCCAAUGCCUCGUAUAAUUACAGGCCACGGCAAGAGCCCGACGCGUCAUAUGAGCCGCCAGGUUCGGGAUAUCACACUCCCAGGGUGCCCUCGCCGGGCCCCCCUUCCACGGGCGGGUUGACACCGUCUCCGUUGAGAGAGGCCAUGGACGACGUGAUGGAGCAGCUCGAUGCGCUAGGCGCCGGCAGGGAGGUGGAGUCUCCCGAGCCAGCGUUGGAUCCUUGGUCUCCAGCGUCGUUCGACGUGGUGCAUCAGCGUUCGAGGAAACAGCGAGACCAGCAGCUCCGCCCGCAAACUUCCAUGGGAAUACCCCAACAAGUCGAUGAAGGGUAUGAGACGUUCAGUGGGAGCGCGGAAUCCUCGCAAGAGCCGACGCAUCACGGCAGUUACCAAGAACAACAACCCUUUCCUCAGCUCAGCAACUAUGUCGAACGCAUGGAGUCGAGGCUCAGAACCAUGCACCAGCAGAACUCGAGCAUGCUUGAUGUGGCCGAAGCGCCGCAACCUCCUCCGAAGGGUGGCCACAUCUUCGAGAGACCGAAGUCCUCUAUGGACAUGCAUGCGCCUCCUGAUCAAAAGCUGCAAAAGAAGAAGUCGGCAUACGAGAUCAGCCGCCAGGUUCUGAACAGAACCUUCACCACCAAGACCAACUCCACAAACAGCUCGUCCGCGACACAGAGCACCGAUCGCAGCCUGAUGAGCGGCGUGUCGGCGGGAGGCAUCAGCGCCACAAGUGCCGGCAGCUUGGCGAGGAAGAACCGGAGUAGGGCUCAGAGUGCACUCGCCAUGCGGGAUCUCGAUCUCGACCGGCCAGGGACGCCCUUCACAGGCGUCACCUACCAUAGCAGUCAUGCGUCAGGCGAACAGCGGUCUAAGUCGCAGAUGGGCUUCCACGAAGAUGCCAUGCCCGCGCUGGGAGGCCUUGUGCAGCCUAAGCCCAAGAAGCAAAACUUCAUCAAGCGGAUUCUCGAGUCUGCGAAGACGGGCGUCGCCAGCACCAGAGGCAGCCUUGCCACUUCCAGCUCCAGCUUGGCGCAGCCCACCCCUUCGGGCCGAUUGACGCCCGCUCACAUGUCUUCGUCUGGUCCCCUCUUUGGAAAGGCCGGACGAGAUCCAGGGAGAGAGAUGGGGCCUGGGGGAGGUGUGGACUGGGUCCAGGUCCGGCGAGACGUGAACCGGUCCAACUCGCUGAGCGAGAACGAACUUGUAGAGCGGAAGGAGAGAUGCCAAAUGCUCGACUAUCCUGCCUUGAACCCCGUGGAUGAGCUGUACAACAGCAUCGACGGGGACGAGGGCGCCGACGGGAUGCCCGUGGCCGAGCCGAUCAACUAUAGCGCGAUCAACCUGAGCCAGGUCGACAAGAACACUCGCUUCUUGGCGAGCCUUCCUCCUACCACGACGCCAAUCACGCUGGCCACAACGUACGUCUGUCGGCCCUAUCGCAGCGACGUCCAGCGCCUCCGAUCCAUCUUCACGUGGGUGUCGGAAAAGAUCUGCUGGGAGGAGGACUUUGACGGCCCGAUCGACACACGGCGGGUUAUCCAGACCAAGCGAGCCUGCGCCGAGGAGUAUGCGACUCUGGUGCUGGAGAUGUGCGCUGCGGUGGGACUGACGUGCGAAAUCGUGCGCGGCUACCUCAAAUCUCCGGGGGAGAUUCCGGACGUCAGCAUCAUGCCCCGGUCCAACCACUGGUGGAACGCGGUGUUGGUCGACAACGAAUGGCGCAUGAUGGAUUGCUGCCUCGCCAGUCCGUCGAAUCCGCGGCGGAUUCAGUACUCGAGCUACAGCAGCUCAUCGGCCGAUCCGUGGUGGUUCCUGACGCGCCCCAGCGAAAUAUGCUGGACACACAUCCCCGAGCACCAUGCUCAGCAACACAUGUGCCCGCCGGUCGCGCACGAGAUCCUGCUCAACCUCCCCUGCGCCUGCCCGCCGUACUUCAAGAACGGGUUGCAGAUGAUCGACUACAACACGUCGCUCACCCGGAUCGAGGACCUCGAGAUGGUGCACAUCAGGUUCAGCGUGCCGCCGGACGUGGAGGUGGCGGCCGAAGUCGAGGUGCGUGCGUACUCUCGCGACGCGGACGGCGACUGCUUCGAGUCGGGCGACACGGUGAAGAAGCGCGCCCUUGCGCAGGCCGAGUGGUCCGGCGGCGUCAAGCGCUACACAGUCAAGGCGCUGCUGCCCGGCGACGAAGGCACCGGCGUGCUGAAGGUGUACGCCGGCAAGCGCGGCCUCAUGCACAGCAUCAAGGACAUACCGCACCCGCUCGCCUUCGCGCUGCCCAUCAUCCACACGGGCGAGAACCCGCCGUACGAGUUCGUCACGCGCCACCCCACCCCGCACGCCCAGCGCCACGACAUCUACGUCGUCCAGCCGCAGUGCCAGCGCCUCGCGCUCAACAACACCUUCGUCUUCGCCAUCCGCCAGCACCCCAGCUCGCCCGUCGGCGCCUCCGAGGCCGCCCUGACCCCGUCCUCCAACAACCCGCGCACCGCCAGCCCCAUCCCCUUCGCCCGCCCCGCCAGCGCCCUGAGCAUGACCAGCUCCAGCGCGGCCGGCUCCAACCCCAGCACGACCGCCUCGGCCGCCAGCGGCGGCGGGGGCAAUCCCUCCUCCUCCUCCUCCUCAUCAUCCAACAGAAAGCCAGCCAAGCUAGCCAUCCAGACGCCCGGCGGCAAGAUCCUGCGGCUGAUGCGCAAGGAGGAGCGGCGCGGCAUCGGCGGCGUGCUGGGCGCCGGCGGCGGAGGCGGCGGAGGCGGGAGGGGCCCCGCCGGCGCCGCGCUCGGCGAGGACGAGGCUGCGGCUGACGGCGGCGUGUGGGAGACCAUCAUCAAGUGCUCCGAGCGCGGCGUCUGGCGCGGCUUGGUCCUGGCCGAUCGCACCGCGCGGUGGUGCGUCUUUGCUGAGUGGGUUUGUGAGGGCUGAGCUGAUCAUCAGGCCGAGCUGAGCAGAGAUGGUG